AUGGCAACCACAACAGUGUUUCUCUCUCUCAUCUUUCUGCUCUCGCUCUGCUUCAUCGGAAACGUUAGAUCUGAACCUGAUUGCGUGUACACGGUCUACGCUCGAACCGGUUCGGUCUUGAAGGGCGGAACCGACUCGAAGAUCGGGCUCAAGUUAUUCGACAAGUACGGCUACUACAUCUACAUCAAGGACCUCGAGUCAUGGGGCGGGUUAAUGGGUCCCCGUUACGACUACUUCGAGCGUGGCAACCUUGACAUCUUCAGCGGAAGGGGACCCUGUCUUGACGGAUCCGUUUGCGCCGUCAACGUUACUUCGGACGGGUUGGGUUCCCAUCAUGGCUGGUACUGCAACUACGUGGAGGUCACCACCACUGGGCCCCACCAAUCAUGCGACAAGGAGCAGUUCACGGUGGAGCAGUGGCUCGCUCUUGACACUUCACCCUACAAGCUAUGGGCCGUCAGUAACCACUGCCGUUACAGCUUGGAUCAGGCCCGGCCCAUUUCCGGCCCUAAAUCUGAGUUCUCUAUUUUGAAUGCCCACGCGUGAGAAAGGUUUCGAGUUAGUGGU